AGAUAGAAAACUGAGAAGGGAAACGAAGAGAAGGCGGAUACAUACACACUCACACACACACACGCACUCAUUUACACAUACACUCUCUUACACGCACAGAGGACUGAUCAACACAACUCUGCCUCUGAACCAGGGCAUGCUCGACACUGUUUUGGAGGAAAUUUGUUUUCUUUAAGCGGAAGAAAAGAUGCAGUUCAUGCUGCUCUUCAGCAGGCAAGGCAAGCUUCGCCUGCAGAAAUGGUACAUUCCACUUUCCGACAAGGAGAAGAAGAAGAUCACACGUGAGCUGGUACAGACCGUCCUGGCACGAAAACCCAAGAUGUGUAGCUUCCUGGAGUGGAGAGACCUCAAGAUUGUUUACAAAAGAUACGCUAGUUUGUAUUUCUGCUGUGCUAUCGAGGACCAGGACAACGAGCUGAUCACCCUGGAGAUCAUCCAUCGUUACGUAGAGCUGCUGGAUAAGUACUUUGGCAGUGUGUGCGAGCUGGACAUUAUCUUCAACUUCGAGAAGGCGUACUUCAUCCUAGACGAGUUCCUUUUGGGAGGAGAAGCUCAGGAGACAUCCAAGAAGAACGUCCUCAAGGCUAUUGAACAGGCUGACCUGCUGCAGGAGAAUCUCGAUUUUCAGAUCCGCUUCUUGCCAGGUACAGUGGGAUUGAUUAUUGAUUAGGAAAACCCAAUCAAACCCAGUGUAGUUCCCUCUACUGUAGACCAAAGCUUCCUGCCAGUAGAUCGAUCACUAUCUAAUAUGAAGAAUGAGGAGGUGGCCACAUGCCAGGAGCAACACUGCACUUUAGUGAGGAAUAGUAAGGAAUCAUCAACAGUAGAUUUACUGUUUUCACCCUGAAGCGGAUUAUUGUCUGAUAACAGCACGUUUUAUUCCUCUUAUACCACAGCAAGUUGCCAACAAUUUAAAUUUUUAUUUGUUAAAGAACCCCUUCACCAGCCUUGCGUUAUUUCUCCCUUUUAAUGUUCAUCAGGCAUAAUAAUCAAAUUUAUGGAGAAUCUUAAAACUUAACCUUGUCUAUCUGAAAAACUGCCAAUGACUGUUAAAAAGCUCUGAUAUUGGAGACUCCUUAAAAAGACAUAGACGAAGCGUCAGAUGUCACUACAGAAACUGUAAGGUGUUCAAAAGAGCACAUUCAUUUAAAUUGGAAUUAUUGUCAGAGCUGCUAGAACUCUAAUCAACACUGUCCAAACCAAUCAGCAUCCAGAAUUCAACAGCGCUGUGGUAUAAAGUGUGACAUAAACAUGUAACCUCCCUGGCUGGCAAAUUUUUCAAUCAAUCAAAUCACGAAAUGAUCAGUUAAUUUGGCAUUAAUUCCAAGAGAGCAGGAUGGGGUUUUAUUCCAGACAUUUCUCUGAUUAGAAUGUUACUGGCAUGUGGCAACUCUUCUGAAAGUUAACGGAAGAGCGAAUCCAGAAGAGGUGUGUGUGCCUUUUUCCUGGAGAUCGGCCCUCCUUCAGAGCUUAGUACCAGGCCGAUGUAACAAAUCUAAUUCAUGUCCAAAAUGAACCAUUUUGAAGUGAUCUCACUCCCUCCCUAAUGUAGAAAGUCACCGUCAUUUGGUACUCAUGCGAACGUCAUUAAAAUGUUUUACAGAUUUCGUCACACAGUCUCUGACGUGGUCCGAAAGUCUGAGAUCAGAAUUCGAAUUCAAAAAUAUUUCUAGUAAAUGUUCAGAACGUCGAAUUUAAUAAUAGUGUGCCCUAUUUAUAGCUCCUUGUUUUUACACUCGCGCAAAUUUGCGAUAUUGACCGUGUUAACUGCUUAGUACAAAACCCCAGAAUUUCCUCUCGUCUAAUCUCUUCUGUUUUAAAGCAUGUGAUCAGGCGAUUUGAUUUAAAACGGAUCAUCGGCUUUUACACAAACGUGUGAAGCCCGAGUGAGUGCCAGCUCGAGUGCAUAUACUAAGAAAAAAACUAUUUUUUCUUAUUACUUUUCGCUCAAGAUGUCAAUAGUAUAACUGUAAUGAAAAUUGUAUUUAACAGAUGUAUUUUAACUACAGUUCUCAGACAUUUGGACCCCCAAAAUCAGAUUUCAGUUCAUCUAAUAUACUGUAAGCUGUAUUUUAUUAUGACAAAUGGCCUACUUUCUUACUUACCAUGUUGGUGUUUGAUGUGUUACUUCCCUAUUAGUUACAUAUUAGCUACUAACUGUACGUCAUAAUAUUUAUACUUUUUGUUAAACACUAAUCCUGGUUCUCUGUGUACGGAAAGUCUUGUUUCACUGUUGAAUUAUUUCCCAAAGCCAUAAUCAUAAUCAAAUUAUUGCCUAAUUCCUGAUCUGGUAGGGAACUGGGUGGACGCCAGUCACAGCGAGGCCCAGCCACAGUAGGUUCAGCAGGUCACACAAUUCUGAUUUCAGGAAUGCAUAGUGACAGGAGCCCAAGGGAAAAGACCACAGGGAAACAAAGUCGUGUUGUGUGCAGCAGCCACACACUGAGCCAUGACCCAAAUGUGAGAGAAAGAGAAUGCUAAAAUGCUUCCAGCUAUUUACAAUGCUAAUGCUAACAUGUUGUUCUAAUGACUAGGCUUGUGUUUUAAUCGAAGAGGCAGGUUGUAGAUGAGCAUGGCUGGACACGUAUCGCCCGAGGCCCAUCAGAGCUCUGAAGCAGAGCGUUGGACACAUGUAACACGUACACAUUGUACACAUUACUUUCAGUCUUGAACAAAACAAAACAGAAUGGUAGUUUAAAUAUUUGGCUACCUUUUAUCAAACACACACACACACACACACACAUAUACACUUCAAAACUAUAAAAUCUUCAACACACACACACAGCAUAUUACAAUAAUAACAUUCUGUAUUAACACACCAGGUUUUAAGCCAGUAAUACCCUUACACAUAAGCCAUUCUUCUGUCCACUGAAUACCUUAACCUAUGUUGCUUAGCAACUCAAGCUUACAGUUAACAGGUUAUUAUUAAAAACACAUUUAAUUAUUUUCUGAGCACUAGAUUUUUAUUGUUUAACCAUAUUAUUUUAUUAUGGUUUAUGUAUUGUUUUUGUCAUUGUUUAUAAAAAUAAUAAACAAUAAAAUCAAAAUCACUGCAGCUCACUGAAUAACUCCUGUUUAAAAUAAUAGAGUAUAGUGGUGGAGUAUAAAUAGAGUGAUAAAUAAUAGAGUAUAGUGGUGGAGUAUAAAUAGAGUGAUAAAUAAUAGAGUAUAGUGGUGGAGUAUAAAUAGAGUGAUAAAUAAUAGAGUAUAGUGGUGGAGUAUAAAUAGAGUGCUAUAAUAAAAUAUUUUAAUAAUGCAGUAUAUAAAAGUAAAUGAACAGAACAGUGCAGCAGUGUAGUGUAACAGAGUAAUAUAGUAGAACAGAGUACAGUGGUAUUUAUCAGUUUUAUUAGUGGAGUUUAUUAGUAUAGUAUAGUAUAGUGUAGAGUAUAGUUUAGUAAUACAGUAUAUUAAAGUAAUAAAACGGAAGAGCAGGGUGUAGUAUAGUACACUCAUAUUAGAUAUCAUAUUAGAACACAGCCAGUGUGCUUUUAACAAACGGGUCUGUGGUUAGUGACACACUGCUGGUUGAGCUUUUUAUUUCUGCUCAAAUGCACACAAGGAAUUUGCCCCAACUCAUUACUCCUCACACUGAGUGAGAUCAGCCCUCUGACUGGGUGGGCUAAGUGAGAUCAGCCCUCUGACUGGGUGGGUUUAAUGAGAUCAGACCUGUGAUUCGAUGGGUUUAGGGACCUCAGUCCUCUGAAUGGGUGGGUUUAGUGAGAUCAGACCUGUCAUUCGGUGGGUUUAGUGACCUCAGUCCUCUGGUUGGGUGGGUUUUGUGAGCUCAGACCUGUGAUUCGAUGGGUUUAGGGACCUCAGUCCUCUGAUUGGGUGGGUUUAGUGAGAUCAGACCUGUCAUUCGGUGGGUUUAGUGACCUCAGUCCUCUGGUUGGGUGGGUUUUGUGAGAUCAGACCUGUGAUUCGAUGGGUUUAGGGACCUCAGUCCUCUGAUUGGGUGGGUUUAGUGAGAUCAGACCUGUCAUUCGGUGGGUUUAGUGACCUCAGUCCUCUGGUUGGGUGGGUUUUGUGAGAUCAGCCGUCUGAUUUGGUGCUUUAAGUGUGAUCAGAAUUGUCAUUGGGUGAUUUUAGUGAAAUCUGUCUUCUGAUUGGGUGGGUUUAGUGAGAUUAGCCCUCUAACUGGUUGGGUUAAUGAGAUCAGUCUUCUGAUUGGGUGAGUUUAGUGACAUCAGCCCUGCGUUUGGUGGGUUUAGUGAGAUCAGCCCUCUGAUUGGGUGGGUUUAGUGAGAAUAGCCCUCUAAUUGGUUGGGUUUAGUGAGAUCAGCCCUGUGACUGUGUGGGUUUAGUCAGAUCAACCCUCUGAUUAGUCGAGUUUAGUGAGAUCAUUCCUCUGAUUGGGUGGGUUUAGUGAGAUCAGUCUUCUGAUUGGGCGGGUUUAGUGAGAUCAUUCCUCUGAUUGGGUGGGUUAAUGAGAUAAGACCUGUCAUUGGCUGGAUUUAGUGACAUCAGUCCUCUGAUUGGGUGGGUUUAGUCAGAUCAACCCUCUGAUUGGGUGCUUUAAGUGAGAUCAGAAUUGUCAUUGAGUGGGUUUUGUGAGAUCAGCCUUCUGAUUGGCUGGAUUU